AUGGGGUGCGACUCCCAAGGUAAUCUAAGCGACGCAGAGUUCAGCAAACCGUUGCCAUCAAUAGGUAUCUACGUGGCAGCAGCUUCACUGAUAUGUGGAGUUUCCAUGUUUGCCGAUCUUCUUCACGGCUUCCGUCACCGCAAGUUCUGGUUCCCUUGCAAAUUCUUCUCUCUCAACGCCACCACUCUCACUUUCAUCUCCGUCUGCGUCAAACUCUCCUUAGAUCUCAACACCUCCAUGCCUAGUCGCCAGGAUCAGCUCGCUAAACUCAGCAGCAGCGUCUUCUUCUGCACGGUCAUGGCUAAUUCCAUGCCUUCUCUUGGUUUCAUGGUCACUCAAGAUCUCCUCAUGGCCUUAGGGAUUCUUGUCAUCACAGACGUUGUCAACAUCUGUAUCCAAUUAGGUACAGGUGCCAUCUACGUUUUCACUCAAGAACACGCUCUCGUUAUCGCUCUCAUGCUUCUAAUGUUUGUGAUCUUGAGCUUCUCUGCCAUCACAGUCCCCGCCACAAAGCGUUUCUUGGAGCUCAAGUACAAGAAGAAGUACGAGUUCGCUUUGAAGCAGUGUCCUUCGUAUACAGAGAGAAGGAAAGGGGUUAAUAAGCUUAAAGAAGAUCUGAUGAAAUUUUGGAUUAUGGCUCACACUUGUAGCCCACAGUUCGUGAUGGCUCGCUCUGUCACUUGCACCACCUCUGGUUUCCUCUGUUUUUUAAGUGCUGUCACGUUGGCUGAAGCCAUGCUCCGGUCUUACUUUCUACAACCACGAUCACUUGGGUUCUGUAAUGGAGACUCUGAUUACAAAUGGUCAACCACUCUGGUUCUAGCCUCUCAGGCCGCUCUAGUAGCCAUAGGAUCCAUUGCUCCAGCGAGCAGAUGGUUUAGUGCAGUGAAAUUGAGGUGUCCAUCAUCAAGAGCAAAGAAAUGUCUGAGAGAUGAGUUGAGAGUAGAGAGUUAUUGGUCUGAGUGUCUCGUUGAGAAGAAAGAACGUCCCUUGAACCUAUGGAUGUUCCAUGGUCGUCGGAGCAGGAAGCUUGCACACGACUUAAACCAGUGGAUACUUGAUCUCUGCAUUGCAACACAAUAUGUAUGUGAUACUGUAGCAAACGCCGAAUCUUCACGAUCAAAUCUAUCGACGAGACGAUUUGUUCUGCAUCUUGAAGGAGAGGAGGAGCUGGUGGAUUUUAUGGCUCGGAGCAACCGUGAGGCCACAAACCAUUUGAUACAAAAGGGUCGGAAGAAACAACCAGUAAGCUUGAUAGAGCUCUUGGAGGCAACAAGUCCCAUCUCAAAAGGAUUUGAAGGGAUUCGAGAUUUUGACAGUGACGAGGUUGCUUCUCUAGCCUCUGGAGAGCCACCUAAUUCUUGGGCCCUUCCGUUAGUAACACUGACGAGCAUCGUUGUUGCUCUUCCCAACAUAAAGCCUUGCUCUCUCAAGAAGCUAGUGAAGGCUGUAAACGAGGCUUUAAUCUAUGUCAAAAAGUUCGAAGAGGUCUUAGACAUUGAAGGAGAGUUAGUUAACAGCAGGAAAGCUGCGGAGUUGAUCUCUACCAUAAGUGGCUCAACGUGGAUCUUCGAAAACUAUCCAAGCAACAGAGAACAAGACCACAAGAAGUUCUUAAAGAACUGCCCUCGCGCUGGCCCAUCAAGACACAAGCAGCAAACUCCAUGUACCGAAUCAGCCAAACUCCAUGUACCGAGAAACGUCGGAAGUGAGGAGGAGACUGUUUUGAAAGACGUGGAGAGGAUGGUGUCGGAUAUAGUAGCGGGAUGCUUUUGCAACACGGCAGAGGUGAUAGGGAUCAAGUGUUUGGUGACGGCGGUGGAAGUGAGGGAAGCGUCGGUGAGAGAAGCGGCGAUGCAUCUGGGGAGAACAGAGAAGAUACUUGAGAUCGUGGACAGGAGAUGCAUGCCUGCUUUGUCUCAACACAAAGUGGCAAAGAUUGAUGAAUGGAGAGAGUUUUAUAGGACUAAUCAAUCCAUCUCUUUCUCUCAUCCUUCGUCUCAGUUUACUACCCAUGAACUCAUUCUCGCUUUAGAUUAA